AGGUGGCUUGCCGGUUGAAGUAAACCUGUCGCUUUGGGAACUGUUCACAAUGGUCGACCCGUUUGGCGUCCUCGGCCUGAUUGGCACUAUAGACACUGCAUAUCACUGGGGAACAGAGCUCGUCGCACUCUGCAAAGCGUUUGCAAAUGCCGAAGUGCGACUUCACGAGAGCGUUGUGCGCGUCGAAGCUUGCUGGCUAAAGAUUCAGCUGCAACUCGAAUUCAUACGCAGACUAGAGCCUCAGCUGAGUGAAUGGCAUAAAAACAUUCAGCAACAGGCGCUGGAGAUUCUGCUGCAAAAGCUACACGCCGCAAACACCAAACUCUCCGGCUUGGUUAAGAAAUCUGAUGCUCUACCAGAUGGCGCAGGCGAGAAGGCCAUCAUCGUCGAAGUCAAGCGACUCAAGUACGCAUUUAUGAAGGAUAGACUCGCCGAUACAAUUACCGAUCUGGAGGUUUGGCAGGGUAUUUUUGAUCCCAGCUGGUUUUUGAUGAUGAAGAUUGCCGGACCCGAGGUGGACCAGCAGCUCUACUUCAUGUCGCAACAACAACAACCCAUCUCAACGCACGAGACAAAAGCAGUUAUCCCUACUACACAGCAACUGCGUCGCGCACUUAAACCUAUCGACGACAAUGGUACAAGAAAGACUGUCUUUCUCCUUCCAGGGGGACUCAACACUGAAAGCGUCCAAAGCCUAGCUUACAGCCCAGUCCGCAUAGCUCGUCGAGCUGACAACGGCGAACUCGUGGUGCUUGAUCCCAUCACUUGCAUCUCCAGGGCAAACAUCAACUCUGCACUGCGCGACAUUCGGAACUUUGCAAGGCGGUUGAAGCACACAGACCCUUUCACAUUUGGGCUGCUGGAAUGCAAGGGCAUUUUGAACGAGGACGGCGCAGAUACAAAGCCUGACACAGCUAUACCCCCAACGGGUCUGUCUUUUGUCUUCCGUGUGCCCCCAACGCAUUCGCAUGCGCAGAGCCUUCGUCAUCGACUGCUCAGUGGACCAAGCGGCGAACAUGAUUCUUUAUCAGCACGAUUUGACCUUGCGAGACAGCUUGUCAAUGCAGUCAGUUAUGUGCAUCUGUAUGAGUUUGUGCAUAAGAACAUUCGACCCGAGACAAUACUUAUCCUCAGAAGAGGAGAUUAUGGAUCUGCUAAUACUGGAGGCCACGAGACGACUGUGUUGGUCGGCUUCGACGUUCUCCGCGAUGCCGAGGGUAAAACAAAUCGUCUUGGUGACGAUGAUUGGGAGAAGAACUUAUAUCGCCAUCCACAAAGACAGGGUAAGACGCUGAAGACGGACUAUACUAUGCGGCAUGACAUUUACAGUGUCGGUGUCUGUUUGCUUGAGAUUGGAUUGUGGGGCAGUUUCGUCGAGUACGACAAAGUUGACGACAAAGACCAGUCUUCGUUAGCAACAACGAACUUUCGACCGUCUAGUCUAGGCUCCAAAUUGGCAGCUGAAAGUGAUAGUACGAGCGGACCCGAGUUUCUGAAAUCUCCCGAACGAGUCAAAGACAAAUUGCUACAAUUAGCAAGAGGCACUUUGCGACGCAGCAUGGGCAACAAGUACAGCAAAGUGGUGGAGACUUGCUUGACGUGCCUAGACAAGGACAAUGAAGAUUUUGGAGAUGAUGGAGAGUUUAAGGAUGAAGAUGGGUUUGCCGUAGGGGCUAUGUAUAUUGAGAAAGUUGUGCAAAAGCUAGGCGAGAUAUCUGUCUGA